GCAACCUGAUAAAAUAACGUUAAGUGACAAAAUUAGUUAAAAUGUUCAAACACCACAGUAAAUAUCCUGCAUCGUUUUAUUGCCGAAGUACUUAGUUAAGUGUCAAUUUUGCAGAGGAAAGUGUCGGGCGCUCAUAAUCCAAAUACUCCUUGUGGUAGAAGGAUAGCUCUAUAAACUGCGCAGGAAAAGCAUAUUAAACAAUGGCAUCAUCAACAUCGCCGGCUCCAUCGUAUGCGAUGGUAUUUUCGCCGCCUCAGAAGAAAGAAUCUUGUCCGCCUCCUUCCGAAUUUCUUCUACUCAAACCGUUUUCAAAAGCACCGUCGCUCCAAAUGACACUGGCGCAGCCAGGAAUAUGCCGAACCACUUUACUAACUAUACAAAAUAUAGACAACAUUUCAAGUAGAAUUUAUUUCGAGAUUCCACCGGGAAAACCAUUAACCAUCCGGCCUGAGACUCUGGUUAUAAGUCCGCAAUCUAUAGAGAUUUUUGAGGUGACAGCUGUGGACCCGAAGGAAUCGUUUCGCGCUACCGUAAAAGUCUUCGCGCCUGACAUAAAAUUUUAUCGUGGCGGACAGGUAAAUGUUUCAGUGACAGUGAAGCAGCCGGUAGUUAAAGUUGAAAAAAAGAAACGUCCCAAGGUGGUCGCGCCAACCACGAAAUUUAAAGCAGUUACAGUUCCAACGGAAUUCAAGUUUCAGCCGUCUCGAGAAGAACGGAAAAAAGCCACUCAAACGAAAGAUUUGACUAUUAUUGCAGAUGACAAGAAGGGGUUGUCAGAAACGUCGACUAUAGAUCCGCCAGUCGUGCUGCGGCCGAUUGAUCAGACGUUCAACCUCGAUGAUAUUCGUAGACAAACCAAUCUUAUAAAAACAGCAAUUGAUGUAAAUCAGACCUAUAUGGUACCUCCUAAAACUGCCGACACUGAUCCGCGUGAUCCCGUGGCUUUCCUUCGCCAGUCAGUGAAUGCGGAAGGUUGUAAUGUACGCGCGGCCGUUUUCAAGUACCUUGAAUUUGCCAAAGCUCGAGGUAUAAGCGUGCCUCCGGCGUCGCAGGAACAAAAAAACUCAAUGAACAACAUGCUCCAAGAGUUACUGCCGGUUAUUCAAGAUGGUCGAAUAACCUUCGUUCUCCAGAAGCUAGCGCAAGUAAGAGCAAUUCAAGCUGAGCCUCAAAAAGAGCAGGAUAAACCACAACCUGAUGGUGUAGAAGACGGUAGAGAUAAAGAAAAUGCGCGGCCCAUUGACACGAAAAUUAUGCAGGUGCGCGGUAUGGAAAAUAGAUCACGUCGCUCAUCCAACCUUACGACAUCGUCACCUAAACACAAGCAAUCGACGGACGGUGCUUCAUUAACAAUGACGCAUUGCGUUGAUCUAGAUACGCCGGAGCGCCUCUCCGGGAUGUCACAACGAACUGUCGGAGAAAUGGUUUCGAAUUAUUUACCUGAGGGCGCCUCGCCUUUAGACUUGAUGGCGGUAGAUUCACCGGAUGUUAGCGCUAUUUAUCCCAUCGGCGGCGGAGGAAAUAAUGGGCCUCAAUCAGCACCGUCGGAAUAAUUCUACACAGCAUUUAAAGCCGCACUAGAUGCUAAUGCUAUCACUUAUCGUCAUUACAUUUUACACAUAUGUACACACAUGCGCAUAGACACAAACGAGUCUCAUUUGAAAAUAUUUCUUUUAUUGAGUAUUUUGCUAUGCAUGUGGUGAGUAGAAUAAAUCACAAAAAUUUACGAUACAAUGACUUAGUCAUAACAACGGCUAUGAAUUAUUGCACUCGGACAGGAAGAAAAUAAUUUAGUGUUUAAUGUGCCCUACGGAAUCACGUCGGAAUUUUUUUUCGUAAAUUGCAACCGUUCAUUAUAGACAGUAAUUACACGUUCUAGAUUAUAGGACAAUAAAAUCUAUUGUGAUGUUCAUGUGACUAGUAACUAGAAAAACAAGCACACGUACAAAACAACGGGAUUUCAGUGAAAACAUACGUGAAUGGAAUAUUUGGCAAAUACAUUUGUAGAGUUUUAUUGAAUUGCAACCUGUAUUGGAUGCAACUUUCAUUAUGGUAAAAUGGUUUUCUGAACAACGAUUUUAAUGAAGAGCGUUUCUAUUUUUACACACGAUAAUCCAAUAUUGUAUUCCCACUGAAAAAAUGAAUUUCAAGUGUAUCUUUAGAUACGACGAUCCUAGAGAUAAUAAUGGCUUGUGAAGUUUGCUGAGUCGUUCUUAAGUCGUUAGGCAUACUCGGCCUGCGUGAAUUGUAUACCAAAUUUGCAAAGUAAAUCUAUUCUAUUGUUGAACUGUA